AUGACGACGGCUGCCACGACGAAUACUAGGAAAAAGACCUUUUCGAUGCAACAUACCGUACCACGCCUCCCUAUCCCUUCAUUGGAAGAGUCCUGUGCGCUCUAUCUACAAUCCUUACGUCCAUUGCUGUCACCAGAUGAAUACCAAAAAUCAGCAACGUUGGUUCAAGACUUUGUGAACAGUGAUCUUGGCAAAUCCCUGCAACAACGACUUGCGGAUAUUGAUCAAGCUUCUCCUUACAAUUGGCUUGAAGAUAACUUUUGGCUACGAAAAGCCUAUCUGGAAUGGCGGGAUCCACUUAUGGUCAACAGCAACUGGUAUAUGCUUGGCGUCAAUGAUCCAAAUCAUCCACAAGAAUUAUUGACCACCAAUGGAGGUGUGUUGCCCAAAGGCGAGUUUACGCAUUUUCAAAUCCAUCGAGCUGCACACUUGAUUCACCGCGGUUUGGAGUACAAGGAAAUUCUUGAAAACGAAGACAUUCCUGCCGACAUGAUCCGAGGAAACAAGGCUCAAUGCAUGUGGCAGCAUACCCGUAUCUUUUGCUUGACACGCAUUCCAAUGCAUCAUUGCGACAAGUUGGUUCAAUACGAUAUGGCAUCCACCAAGCACAUUAUUGUCCUUGUACGGGAUCAGGUUUAUAAGCUCCCUGUAUACAAGCAGCAACCUGGUACAACAACAUGGACAUUAUUGACACGUCAAGAAAUCGAGCAUGCUCUUUUGGCUAUCGUAUGCCAUGUACAACGCAUGGACAGCAAUCAACUACAACCUCCCAUUGGUCUUCUUACAUCCUGGGAUCGAGAUAAUUGGGCUGUGGCACGCAACCAUCUACUUGCUUUGGACACCAUCAACAAGGCUACCAACCAGGAUAUUGAAUCCAGCCUUUUUGCUGUAGCCUUGGAUGAUUACAGUAAUGGAGCCGAUAUGGGAGGACGUACCAAGAUGGCCUUUUGUGGUAAUUUGGGAAUCGGCAAUGGGCACAAUCGGUGGUAUGACAAGAGUAUCACUGUCUUAGUGGAAAGCAACGGCCAAUGCGUGUAUACGGGUGAACAUUCGCCUGCCGAUGCGCUCCUUGUCAGCUAUGUCUUUGAUCACAUGCUCAUUGAACCAUGCCCGCCACCCUUUGACAUCCGCCCUGUGGCACCUGACGCAGUACAAGAUGCAUCAUGCUUUGAACAUCUCACAUGGAAGGUUGAUCCGGUUAUUGAAAAGUGCUUGGAGAAUGCUCAAAAGGCGGCCGAUGAUACAGCAGCAUUCUCAGAUUCAUACGUUGAAGUUUUUGAAGAUUAUGGCACCGAUUGGAUCAAAAAAGUAGCCAAGCUCCCACCCGACGCCUUUUAUCAAAUGACAAUUCAACUUGCAUACCACCGUAUCCAUGGCAAGGUUGCGCCAACGUAUGAGACAGCAUCCACUCGGCAGUUUUUACAUGGUAGAACGGAUACCAUUCGUACAUGCAGUGUGCAAAGCAAACGAUUGUGUGAAGAAUGGAUGAAUGAGCAAAACGAUGCCAAAACCAAGUACGAUCUUUUGAAAGAUGCCAUCAAUGUCCAUCGCAAGUACACCCAAAUCUCGAGUAAUGGCCAUGGAUGUGAUCGUCAUUUGAUGGUGCUGCGUCUACUCAACAUGGAUCAUCAAAUUGUAUCUCCUACCACGGGCAAGCUUGUACCAGCACCUAUGCAUCCAAUGUUUGAAGAUCCUAUAUUCAGCAAAUCACAAACAUGGGUGCUUAGUACAUCCAAUUUGCAUUCGGGAGUUCGUCUUAUGGGCACUGGUUUUGGUUCAGCUGUCAAGGAUGGCUAUGGUGUCAAUUACAUGGCCGCUCCCACAGUGGUCAAGUUCACUAUUGAAGUAAAGCAAGUGCCUGAUACAGUGUCUGCCAAAGAAUUUGGUGCAACUUUACGCAGAGUACUAUUGGAGCUCAAGGACGUUUGUGAAAAAGUCCACCAAUCCACAUCUUCAACAACAGUGCAGGCAAGGAUGUGA